UAUGACGCUAGUGCGCGUCCCUGCGCGUCUGCGAAACGGAGCGCGACGCGACGCGACGCGGCGUGGGGCACGUCGCAGCGCGCCGGCAUCGGCACCUCCUUCGCUCUUUUGUCAUCGCGCCGGAAGCGCUCAGGCGGCGAAGAUGGCGGCCGCCGGGGCCGGCCUGGGGCCCGAUGCCGGGGACUUCCUGGCCCGGUACCGGCUGGUGUCGAACAAGCUGAAGAAGCGAUUCCUGCGGAAGCCGAACGUGACGGAGGCCGGCGAGCAGUUCGCGCAGCUGGGCCGCGAGCUACGCGCCCAGGAGUGCCUCCCGUACGCGGCCUGGUGCCAGCUGGCGGUGGCGCGCUGCCAGCAGGCGCUCUUCCACGGGCCCGGGGAGGCGCUGGCGCUGACCGAGGCCGCCCGCCUCUUCCUGCUUCAGGAGCGCGACGCGCGCCAGCGCCUGGCCUGCCCCGCUGCCUACGGGGAGCCGCUGCAGGCCGCUGCCAGCGCCUUGCGCGCCGCCGUGCGCCUGCACCUCGAGCUGGGCCAGCCGGCCGCCGCCGCCGGCCUGUGUCUCGAGCUCGCCGCCGCCCUGCGCGACCUGGGCCAGCCGGCCGCCGCCGCCGGACACUUCCAGCGAGCCGCCCAGCUCCAGUUGCCCCAGCUGCCUCUGGCCGCGCUGCAGGCGCUCGGCGAGGCCGCCUCCUGCCAGCUGCUGGCCCGCGACUACAACGGGGCCUUGGCGGUCUUUACACACAUGCAGCGCCUCGCGCGGGAGCACGGCAGCCACCCCCUGCCGCCGCCGCCGCCGCCACAGCCUCCAGGACCGCAGCCGGGCCUGCUCCCUCCUAAUGCCGUCUCCGGAGCGCCUGCUUCCGCGGCGCUAGGCGCCUUCUCGGACGUGCUGGUCCGCUGCGAGGUGUCCCGCGUGCUGCUGCUGCUCCUCCUGCAACCACCGCCCGCCAAACUGCUGCCCGAGCAUGCCCAGACCCUGGAGAAGUACUCCUGGGAGGCUUUUGACAGCCACGGGCAGGAGGGCAGUGGCCAGCUUCCCGAGGAGCUCUUUCUGCUACUCCAGUCUUUGGUCAUGGCGACGCACGAAAAGGACACAGAAGCCAUCAAGUCGCUGCAGGUGGAGAUGUGGCCGCUGUUGAGUGCUGAGCAGAAUCAUCUUCUUCACCUCGUUCUGCAAGAAACCAUCUCCCCCUCUGGACAGGGGAUCUGACCAAUCCCAUUAACCCAAUGACUUUUUUCCUGUUGUCAAACCUCAUGCAUGCUCCUUUGCAUUUGGGGGAGAACAAAAGACAUUGAUCCUCAUUCUACGUUUAUGUUAUGUUACAUUGUCAUCAUAGGAAUAAGGGUCUCUAUCCCAAAUGCUUAUUUCCAGAAUAGUAGGAGAACAAUAAAAAUUUUUAUUUUUAUUAGGAUGGAGUUAGAGGACGUGGUCCUCUUCCCAAAACCUGGCAACAUAAAAAUGAGAAUCCCUUUCAUCCUCUACCCAACUGCCCCUGCCCAUCUUUGUUUAAUAGGGGGUGUUUUAUUUUGCUUAGCUCUUUAAAUACUAAUACUUGGGCUAUAUGGUUUUAUCGUGACUCUGAUUUCAGAAAAGGGUUAACCUAUUUUUUUAUGAAUAUAGAUUGAGAAAUUCUAAAUAAAAUGUUAGCAAAUUGGAUCUAGCUAAGUUUUUAAUUAUUAAUAUAUAACUGGAGGAGGUUUUUCCAGAAAUGUAGCACACUGGCGUGCUGGAGCUCGCUUGUACUGGCUUGUGAGAGCUGACUGUGCACAUCUCUUCCCACUUCUGCAUUCAGUGACAGCCCAUCAGUAGCUUGAAAUCAGCCAUGAUGGGAGUAUGUAUGCUUUGGAAAUCAGCAAACACUACAAAUUAAUGAUUUUCUCCCUAAUUGCCCUGUGGUAGGUUGAAUUAUGUACCUGAGAAAAACAUGUUUUUAAUCGUAAUCCAUUCCUGUGAGUGUGAACUCUUGUAAGUAGGACCUUCUAAAGAUGUUAUUUGUGGCCAACUGAAUCUGGAAGGGUCUUAAUCCUAUUACUGGAGGCUUUAGAGAGAAGGCCACAGGGAGAAAGGCACCAGGGAGAAGAAGCUUGGAAGUCAAAGGAACCCAGGAGAGAGAAGAUGCUACCAUAUGCAUUGACAUGUGAUGAAAAAGCCAAGGACCAAAGAAUCACCAGGAGUGAGGCCCAGAAUGCCAGUGUUCCAGGAAAAAGCAUCACCUUGCUGACAUCUCAAUUUUGAAUUUCUCCUAGCCUCAAAACCAAUAACUCCCCAUUGUUUAAGCCAACCCACUGUAUGGUAUUUGUCAUUAAAACUGAUAUGUGCCUUC